AUGGCCGGCGAACUUGUCCUGAUCACUGGCGUCACAGGCCAUCUUGGCUUCCGUGCGCUUCGCUAUGCGCUCGAGCAUGGCUAUCGUGUUCGUGCUGCUGUCAGGAGCGAGACGAAGGCCAAAUCCGUGCUCUCGAAUUCAGCCCUGGUCGAGCUGAAAGCCAACCCUGAACUGUCGUUCGCCGUGGUGCCAGACAUCACAGCUCCAGAUGCAUACUGCGAAGCCAUCAAAGACGUCAGCUAUGUCAUCCACAUCGCAUCACCAUUAGCAAUGUCCAUCGAAGGCGACGACUACGAAGCUGGAUUCAUCCAGCCGGCCGUUCAAGGCACUCUCAGAAUCCUCGAAGCAGCCAAGAAGAGCGGCACCGUCAAGCGUGUCGUGAUCACCUCCUCCUCCAUAUCCAUCACACCCUGGGACGUACUCCUCGCAGGCCACUACGACGGCGUCAUCAUAGCCGAAGAUCGUGUCCCUACGCCAAGCGGCCCCUACUCCAUGGGUCUGCACGCCUACUGGGCAUCUAAAGUCACAGCCCUGAACCGUGCCGAAGCCUGGAUGAAAGAGCACUCCCCAAGCUUCGACCUGAUCCACAUCCACCCGUCCUAUAUCGAAGGCCGCAAAGAUGCCGCCACGACCGUCGAAGACCUCAGGUAA